UCGUUAGCCAGAAAGGUUAUUUGCAACUGGUGGGUGUUCCAGCUAAGCUUGUCGCCGAGAUUUCGGUAGGUAUUGAUUGGAAUAUUACGCCCUUUUCUGCCGGCGAGAGCACGUUUGCUCCCCUCUGGAGGAUCUGUCAAGCCCAUUGCGCCUGGAACUGAGGUGUGUGUGUAUGGACGUUGGGCGGAGGAGUGUCAGAGGGCGAAAGACGACACUUAUGGAAUAACAAGCGAGGUCAACAAUCAAGCCGGUCUUCUUCCAAAUAUGUAAAAAUAAAAACACCGACUGCCCGUAGGCACGGUCACCUGCAGCGACAGUAUAGCCAAGCCCUGUGCGGCUGGAAAUGGAAUUACUGUGAAGUUUAGAACCGCUGGACUGUCAAUCUCUACAUCUCCCAGGUAACCUAAUCUCGAACUAGCAAGCAAGCAAGAAGCACGCGAGGUGGCCCCUUUUAUUCCGAUCUGGAGAGGUUGUUUUAGCGCGCGCCGAGCCGACAUUUGCCGGUAGCAGGAAUAAAGGAAUUAUAACAACAACAAUCAAGAACGAGCCUCGACUAUUUCGCGCGCCCACCCGGUUUCAAGUAGAGCGUGAGCGAAGAUGAUGUGCGAGGUGAUGCCGACCAUCAGCGAGGGUGACUCCGUGGGCGCGACGUCGCAGCGCGGCGCGCAGAACGGCGCGGAUGGCGACGCGGAGGCCAAUUUCGAGCAGCUGAUGGUGAACAUGCUGGACGAGCGCGACAAGCUCCUGGACUCUCUGCGCGAGACCCAGGAGACGCUCAUCCAAUCACAGACCAGGCUGCAGGACGCGCUGCACGAGAGGGACCUGCUACAGCGACAGCUGAGCUCUGCCCUGCCCCAGGAGUUUGCCACCCUCACCAAGGAGCUGAAUGUGUGUCGAGAGCAGCUGUUGGAGAAAGAGGAAGAAAUCUCAGAACUCAAAGCCGAGAGGAACAACACCAGGUUACUCCUAGAGCACCUGGAGUGUUUGGUGUCUCGUCACGAGCGCUCGUUAAGGAUGACGGUCGUUAAGCGACAAGCCCCGCCCCCCUCCGGAGUCUCCAGCGAAGUGGAAGUUCUGAAGGCCCUGAAGUCACUAUUUGAACACCACAAGGCUCUCGACGAGAAGGUGAGAGAGAGGUUGAGGGUGGCCCUGGAGAGAGUCACUACGCUGGAAGGACAACUGGCAGUGGCCAACCAAGAGCUGGUGACAGUGAGACAGCGGAAGGACAAACAGGAAGGAGACUCUCUAGACAGAAUGGACGCAUCCAAACCAGUCUGGAAGCGUCUCCCCAACGGCUCGAUAGACGUGCAUGAGGAGAGUGGGCGGUGCCUGGAGCUCCAGGAAAUGCUUGAGAAGGCCAAUCAGGAGCUGAGCCAGAGCCGCGAGCGUUCGAGCAUGCUCAGUUCGCGUGUGUCCGACUUGGAGGCGGAGCUAGCCGGCGCCCGGAAGGAACUGCUGAAGACGGAGGAGCUGUCAAUCAAACACCAACGAGACAUACGAGAGGCCGUAGCGCAGAAAGAGGACAUGGAGGCUCGUAUCACCACGCUGGAGAAGAGAUACCUGGCGGCCCAGAGAGAGACCACCUCCAUACACGACCUCAACGACAAACUGGAGAACGAACUGGCCACCAAAGACUCCUUACACAGACAGAGUGAGGAGAAAGUGCGCCACCUGCAGGAGUUGUUGGAGCUAGCGGAGCAGCGUCUUCAGCAGACCAUGAGGAAAGCAGAGACACUACCGGAGGUGGAGGCCGAACUAGCUCAGAGGGUCGCAGCACUCUCCAAGGCUGAGGAGCGCCAUGGCAACAUUGAGGAGCGUUUGCGUCAGCUGGAGUCUCAACUGGAGGAGAAGAACCAGGAGCUGGGCAGGGCUCGUCAGCGUGAGAAGAUGAAUGAGGAGCAUAACAGGCGUCUGUCUGACACAGUAGACCGGCUGCUCACCGAGUCCAACGAGAGACUACAGCUGCACCUGAAGGAACGCAUGGCAGCCCUGGAGGACAAGAACGCCCUCAUCCAUGACCUUGAGAGAUGCCAGAAACAGUUGGAGGAGUUUCACCACACCAAGGAGCGUCUGAUUGGGGAGAUCGAGAAGCUUCGCUCUGAGAUCGAUCACCUCAAACGCAGGAGUGGAGUAUUCGGAGAUGGAACACUGCCACGGUCUCACCUGGGCAGUGCGUCUGACCUGCGCUAUUCGCUGGUGGAGGGAGAUCACUACGGAUCCACAUCAGUCAUCCGACGCACACAGAAGGGCCGCAGACUCAGAGAUGACACCAACAAGGAGUGGGCUUCUCAGCCCUCGUCUCUGCGUGCGAGUCGUUCUCAGCUGCUGGAGAGUGAUGUGGAGCUGUCAGACCUGGAGGAUGAGGAGCGCACACUCUUCGGCUCCGCAGACACGCUCUCACCCAGCGGACACUCGGACGCACACACACUUGCACUCAUGCUGCAGAAACAGCUCGACGCCAUCAACGAGGAGAUCAGGAUGAUUCAGGUUGAGAAGGAGAGUGCAGAGUUACGAGCGGAUGAGUUGGAGUGUCGUGUCAACAGUGGUAGCAUGGAUGGACUCAACGUAACCCUCAGGCCCCGCCCCUCCAUGCCGACCUCGGUUACAGCUAUGUCAUUGGCUAGCUCCUCACCGCCCGUCAGUGGACGCUCCACCCCCAAGAUGGGCACCCGCUCCACCGCACAUGAGCUCGGAAUCAUGACCCUGCCAAGUGAUUUGAGGAAACAUCGCAGGAAAGUAGCGUCCCCAGUGGAGACGCGUGAGGACAAGCCGACCAUCAAGUGUGAGACGUCACCGCCCUCCUCCCCCCGCAGCAUGAGACUGGACCAGAUGACCUUCACACAACUCACAGGCAGCCUGGACGACGGCCGAGGGUACGACACUGUGACCAAUAAGAAGAAGGGCAUCAAGUCGACCAUCGGGAGGCUGUUGGGCCGCAAGGAGAAGGGCGGCAGACUGGACCAGCCCAUGGUCAUCGACGGACAGAAAACACCCCCUAUUAUACCAGAUUUUGACAUGGGCAUUGGAGACACCAUGACUUUGGGCAAGCUGGGAACUCAAGCAGAGAGAGACCGCAGGAUGAAAAAGAAGCAUGAGCUGUUGGAGGAUGCACGGAGGAAAGGCCUUCCCUUCUCCCAGUGGGACGGACCCACAGUGGUCUCCUGGCUUGAGCUGUGGGUGGGCAUGCCAGCGUGGUACGUGGCUGCCUGUCGUGCCAACGUGAAGAGUGGUGCCAUCAUGUCGGCCCUGUCGGACACGGAGAUCCAGAGGGAGAUCGGCAUCAGCAACCCUCUACACAGACUCAAGCUGCGGCUUGCUAUACAGGAAAUGGUGACACUCACAAGCCCCUCCGCCCCACUCACAUCCAGAACGUCCUCUGGAAAUGUAUGGGUUACUCACGAGGAGAUGGAGUCGGUGGCUGCCAACACUAAAGCGGAGAAUGAGGAAGGAAGCUGGGCACAGACGCUGGCGUAUGGGGAUAUGAACCAUGAGUGGAUCGGUAAUGAGUGGCUCCCCAGCCUGGGCCUGCCUCAGUACCGCAGCUACUUCAUGGAGUGCCUGGUGGACGCUCGCAUGCUGGACCACCUGACCAAGAAGGACCUACGCACACACCUCAAGAUGGUGGACAGCUUUCAUAGGGCCAGCUUGCAGUAUGGAAUCAUGUGUCUAAAGAGACUGAACUACGACCGCAAAGAGCUGGACAGGAGAAGAGAAGAAUGCCAACACGAUAUCAGAGACUCUCUGGUUUGGACCAAUGAGCAGGUGUGUGGCUGGGUUCAGGCGAUUGGCUUGAAAGAGUACACUAACAACCUGAUAGAGAGCGGAGUACACGGAGCCCUCAUCGCCCUCGACGACACCUUCGACUUCAGCAGCCUGGCCCUCAUACUGCAGAUACCCAUGCAGAACACACAGGCCCGGCAGGUGCUGGAGAGAGAGUUCAACAACAUGUUGGCCCUGGCCACCGACCGACGCGUGGACGAGAGUGAAGAGAGGCCAGUGUCAGGGCGGUCCCCGUCGUGGCGUAAGCGCCAGCGUGCGCGAGAGGGGCAGGGGAUCGGCGUGGGCAUGAUGCCCGGUGCCAUAGAAACGCUGCCGGCAGGAUUCCGACUGCCAACCAUGAACAUCCCGCAUUCCAUGACCAUGCCACGCAAAACACUUCAACCAGAGGCCCCUCCCCCUCCACAGAGGCUGGAUCCUUCCACCGUCAGGACUUACUCCUGCUAACCGCUAACAGCUAACUAACCCCCUCAGCGCUCAUGCUAACAGUGCAGUCUCACUACCUGUAUGGACACACGCUUGCGGCCUUUCGAGAGUAACAUGCCAAAAU